AUGUUUAUUCAAAAUAUUCUUUUUGUACUUCUGUGUCUGCCUGUCUUAGGGGCUGUUGGGCUUCUGUUCUUUCCGAAGACAGCUGUUCGACAGAUGAAAUUGUUUGCUUUAAACAUUUCGUUGGUCACCUUUGUCUGUUCGUUAAACCUUUGGAUUUUCUUUGAUAAUUCAACGGCAAAGUUUCAAUUUGUACAACAUAUGGACUGGUUGUCUGUAUUGAACAUGAACUUUUAUGUAGGUAUUGAUGGUAUUUCACUUUUUUUCAUGAUUCUGACAACAUUCUUAGUGCCUGUGUGUCUUCUUAUUAGUUGGCAGUCUGUAAAACAUCUUGUCCGAGAAUUUCUUGUAGCGUUCUUACUUUUAGAAAGUUUCAUGCUUGCUGUCUUUUGUAUGCUUGAUUUAUUACUGUUUUAUGUUUUUUUUGAAAGUGUACUUAUUCCAAUGUUUUUAAUUAUUGGAGUUUGGGGCUCGCGUGAAAGAAAAAUUCGAGCAGCAUACCAAUUCUUUUUGUAUACUCUUAUCGGAUCCCUUUUUAUGCUUUUAGCUAUCUUACUUAUUUAUUUUCAAGUAGGAACGACAGAUUUACAAGUAUUACAUACAGUCGAAUUUAGUGAACGUCGACAACUGUUCCUUUGGGUCGCUUUUUUUCUCUCGUUUGCAGUAAAAGUCCCAAUGAUUCCUUUUCAUAUUUGGUUACCUGAAGCACACGUGGAAGCACCAACAUCGGGAUCUGUGAUUCUUGCUGGAAUUCUUUUAAAACUUGGGACCUAUGGAUUUUUAAGGUUUUCUAUUCCUUUAUUUCCGGAAGCAACCAUUUACUUUACGCCCCUUAUUUAUACUAUGAGUGUCAUUGGGAUUAUCUAUGCUUCGUUUACGACCCUCCGUCAAAUUGAUUUAAAGAAAAUUAUUGCGUAUUCGUCGGUUGCGCAUAUGGGUUUUGUAACAUUGGGUCUGUUUAGUCUCAACAUGCAAGGCGUGGAAGGUGCUGUUCUUCUCAUGCUUAGUCAUGGAUUUGUGGCAUCAGCUCUUUUUCUUUGUAUUGGAAUUCUUUAUGACCGAACACAUACACGACUCAUUAAAUAUUACGGGGGACUCGUGCAGACAAUGCCUUUGUUUGCAUUCUUCUUUUUCAUUUUUACAUUAGGGAAUUUAAGUUUACCCGGAACAAGUAGUUUUGUUGGUGAAUUCUUAAUUUUAGUUGGCGUAUUCCAAACAAAUACUUUCAUUGCAACGCUUGCAGCGACUGGGAUGAUUCUUGGAGGUGCUUACUCUAUUUGGCUCUAUAAUCGAGUUGUUUUUGGGAACUUGAAACCAGUGUAUAUCAACCAAUUUGCUGAUAUCAAUCGACGUGAAUUUUUUAUUUUACUGCCUUUUGUUGUCUGUAUCUUCUGGAUGGGUAUUUAUCCUUCAAUUUUUCUUGAAUCUUUGCAUUAUUCAGUCGCGACAGUUCUCCAAAGUAUUCGAAUUUAA